ACCAACGUGUCGCUGUCACCUUGACAAAUCUGUCAUGCUUUGUUGGAAGGACGUCCGUCUAUCGUAAAUUGCUUUUCGAUCGGCAUUUUCACAUCACCUAGGAUAAAUACGAACAGUUGAAUUGCUAAAAUGUUGACUCUACGCGAACGGCAGAUAAAUGCCGUGAAGCAAAUGCUCAAUCUGAAUCAGCAGACGUCGAAGGCAUUGGCAGUGGAGCCGGUUUGGAAAGUUUUAAUUUACGAUCGCAUCGGGCAGGACAUCAUCUCGCCUUUGGUGUCCAUCCGGGAGUUGAGGGAGCUUGGGGUGACAUUGCAUGUUCAACUACAUUCCGAUCGUGACUCGAUCCCAGACGUCCCAGCGAUUUACUUCUGCGCUCCAACCGACGAAAACCUCGAUCGCAUCCACCAGGACUUCCAGAAUGGUCUCUACGACAUCUACCAUUUGAACUUCUUGUCGCCGAUUCCGCGGCAAAAAAUCGAAGACUUGGCUGCGGCGGCACUUCAAGCCGGCUGCGUAGCAAAUGUUCACCGAGUCUACGACCAGUACGUAAACUUCAUUAGCCUCGAAGAUGAUUUCUUCGUCCUCAAACACCAGAACAGCGAGUCACUGUCGUACUACUCCAUUAACCGCGCCAACACACGCGACGACGAAAUGGAAGCGAUCAUGGACAGCAUCGUCGACAGCUUGUUCUCUGUUUUUGUCACACUCGGAAAUGUCCCGAUUAUUCGAUGUCCGCGAAACACUGCAGCUGAAAUGGUGGCGCGAAAGCUAGAAAAGAAGUUGCGUGAAAACCUCUGGGAUGCCCGGAAUAAUCUGUUUCACAUGGACGCCACGCAAGCUGGUGGCAUCUUCAGUUUUCAGCGUCCCGUGCUGCUGAUCUUAGAUCGAAAUUUGGACUUAGCCACGCCUUUACAUCACACAUGGUCAUACCAAGCGCUGGCGCACGAUGUCCUGGAUUUGAAUCUGAAUCGAGUCUUCGUUGACGACGACUCCAUGACGGAGCGAACUGGAGCUAAGAAAAAGUUGAAAGCCUGCGACUUGGACAACAACGACCGGUUCUGGUCGUCGCACAAAGGCAGUCCAUUCCCAACAGUGGCAGAAGCCAUCCAGGAGGAACUCGAACAAUAUCGUUCCUCUGAAGACGAAAUUAAGAAGCUGAAAACCAACAUGGGUAUUGACGGCGAAAACGAGGUGGCCUUUUCCAUGGUCAACGACACCACAGCCCGUCUGACGAGCGCCGUAAAUUCCCUUCCCCAAUUAAUGGAGAAAAAGCGCCUCAUCGACAUGCACACAAAAAUUGCCACGGCCAUUCUGAACUUCAUCAAGGCCAGAAGGCUCGACUCAUUCUUCGAAAUGGAGGAGAAAAUCAUGUCAAAGGCAACCCUUGAUCGCCCGAUCCUCGAACUACUGAAGGACCCAGAGUUUGGCCAGCCGGAAGACAAGAUGCGACUCUACCUUAUUUAUUACAUUUGCGCCCAGAAUGUGCCGGAGUUUGAGUUCGAACGAAUGAAAGAGGCCUUACAGGAAUCCGGAUGCGAUCUGACGCCUUUGCCGUACGUCGAGCGAUGGAAAAGUAUCAUGAACAGGUCGUCAUCUAUGUCACAAGCUACUCAAUACGAAGGGGGUGGCACGAAAACCGUUUCUAUGUUUUCCAAAUUAGUGUCGCAAGGAUCGUCGUUCGUCAUGGAGGGUGUCAAGAAUUUAGUUGUUAAGAGGCAUAAUUUACCGGUAACCAAACUCACAGAGCAAGUAAUGGAAUGCCGUAACGGCGGCGAAGUAGACGACUACCUUUACUUGGAUCCGAAACUACUGAAGGGCGGUGACGUGAUGCCAAAAAAUCGAGCUCCAUUCCAGGAUGCCGUUGUCUUUAUGGUUGGCGGCGGCAACUACAUUGAAUAUCAGAAUUUGGUGGACUUUAUCAAGUUGAAGCAAACUGCAAACUCGUCGAAGCGCAUUAUCUAUGGUGCAUCGACGCUAAAUAAUUCGAAGCAAUUCCUCAAACAGUUAUCGUUGUUAGGCAAAGAAAUUCAAGCCCCUGUUCUCACCUAGACGGAAGGGCGAGACCGGGGUGGGACGGGUGUGUAUGUGGUUGGCGUAUUUAUUAGGCUUGUCGUUGGUCCAUUCGAUUCCUUUUGGGGAAGAAUGCGUCAGUAUAUGUUUUUCUAAUUAAAAGUUAUUUUAAGCAAC